AUGAGCGUUGCAAAUCUUGCAUCUGAUCCGGGGACGACCCUUCUACGUUUCGCCUCCGGGAACGGACCGGUAACCCGCCGCAUCCUUCGGACUCCGCUCCGCGAUGCCCUUCCUACAGAGAUCCCAGUCAUCGACGUCUCGCUCGCAUUUAGCCCUGAACUCAAGGACCGGAAGACUGUAGCCCAGCAGAUCCGCGACGCUGCCACGACAUCCGGCUUCUUCUACCUGAUCAACCAUGGCAUCGCGCCUUCAGUCACUGAUUCAGCCCAUACGGCCUGCCUUGAGUACUUUCGCCAGGAUGAAGAGACAAAGAUGCGCUCAUGGGUUGGGAAGAGUCGCUACUUCAACGGCUACAAACCGCCUGGAUCUCAGCGGAUCAACAAGUCAGAGAGCGUCGAUGUCCGCGAGUCAUUUAGCUGGACAUACGACCCUCGCCACGACCCUGAUGUGUUCGACGUCGAUGCCAUUCCUGCGGAGGCGAGAAAGCUUUUGCGGAUUGAGGACUUCCACUGGGAUGGCACGGCUAAUCAGCCGCACUUCAAAGAAGCCAUUAUUCUUUAUUGGCAAUCCUGUUUGAAGCUCGCUCGCGUCCUGGUUCGCUCCUUUGCGCUAUCGCUUGAUCUACCUGAGGAUCAUUUUGAUGCCAAAUUCGCGUACCCUGAUGCUGCGCUGGCGCUGAACUACUACCCACCUCUCAGUUCCUCGGCUACCGUGGAUUCAGACUUCAACAAGACAGUUUCCAUAGGAUCGCACACAGACUUUCAGCUUUUCACCAUUCUAUGGCAAGACUCGGUUGGGGGCUUGCAGGUACUAAACCGCCAGGGGCAAUGGAUCAGGGCCGCACCUAUCCGCCUUGUGGAACAUCCCACAAUGUCCGAUGCAGGCAAUGAGGCGCCUGAAACGUCCAACAAGCGGCGCCGGACCUCGGGCAUGUACCAGAGACGGCGUGCUGUUGCGGCGUGUGGGCCCUGUCGGGUCCGUAAAACGAAAUGUGACAAUUACAGAUUCGAUCCCGCGAGCUUGGCAAUUUUGGACCGCCUCAAUCAUGUUGUUUCUCUUCUCGAGAGUCGUCCGGAGCUACCAGCCGCGCAAGUAGUUGCCGCUCCCCCCAUUCCCUCAACACUAUCGCCAACAUCGAUCCAUGGGCCUCAAACUAGUACAAGCGUUACUAUUGACGAGAACCCAAGUCUUUCUCCUGACGAUCUACCAGAGGACGAAGUGAUGAUCCGCCUCGAUAUCCCAGACUCUGCCGCUGCUAGGUCUAAUUGUGAGGCCAUCCUGCGAUGGCCAAUUUUUAGGGGAUAUGCGCCUGAGACGGAGUCUUUUAUUUUGGAGCUAGAGGAUGAUGACGCAGAGUCUUCGCAUCGAUCUCAAUCUGCCAGAAGUCGGAACUUAGGGCGCGGAGUUCAGGAAGACGACUUCACGGUGCUGUCCAAGAAGUUCUUGGCAUACGUGCAUGUGAAGAACCCAGUUCUUGACGUGAUCGACUUCAAAGCGUACGUCAAGGAUACAGUAGAGAACGGUCCUCGAUGGGACGGACCGUCGUGUCUAGUCCUGAUUGCAUGUGCACUCGCCUGCCUUGCGAGCCCAUUUCAAUCCGAGAUCAACUUUAACAGUACGCCCGAAUCGAUGCGCUCGUCAGUAUCGACCACAACGGAUCCAGAUACAGCCCAGGCCUACUAUCUCGCAGCCAAGAAGCGGCUGGGACUACUGGAGCCCUCCUUGCUUCAGAUUCAAUGCCUGUUCUUCUGUGCAGUGUUCGAGAUGUACUCACUUCGUCCACUUCAGGGCUGGUUCUGUUUCAAUCAAGCCAGCGUUCAAUUCAAGAACCUAUUCUGGCGGAGGGCCCAAAGGCGGAAUUGGCAAAGUAUCUCUCAGAAGACACGGCGCCUUGAGCAACGCCUUUACUGGUCAUGCAUGAAGUCGGAAUGCGAGCUCAGAUGUGAGAUACCGUUGCCACCCAGUGGCAUCACUGGCCUAGGAUAUCCAGACUUGUUCCCUUCGCCCCCGUCUGAAGUCGCAUCUCCUGCAGCUCAGCCAAGCGUGUUAGAUAUCUUGGAAGAUGACAUUCAGCCAGAGGAGGAAAAGAGUUGGUUCUAUUACCUGGCUGAGAUAUCGUCGAGAAGGAUGAUCAAUCGUGCUAUAUCGAUAUUUGGUUACAAUGGAGAGCAGGCAUGGAUCCGAGGCAUAGCCAAAGUGCUCGAGAAGAGCGAGGAAUUUGACGAGCACAUCAACCUCUGGUGCUUGCACAUACCCUCUCAGAUACAUUGGCAAAAUCGAGAGCCAUCAAACAAUGAGCUGGUACACUUUAUCCAAAACCGAGCCACGAGCUGCCGCGAAUGGAUCCAUCGGCCUUUCUUGUACUACGUGGUCCACCAACCGGCGGACGACCCUUGGAUACCCCGCGUCAUGCCAUUAGCAGAGAAGUGCCUCCAGCUCUCACUCGAGCUGCUGCUUGACGCUAACCCUCACCACCGCCAUCACGGAACAUGGUUCAUGGCCAGAGCGGCAAUGACCCGUGCUCUUUUACUUCUGGCCGCAGUCAAGAGCGGCAGGUUCUCUCGGCUGCCCGAGCGAUGGAAACAGGGAGUUGACGCGGCCAUAUGGGCUCUGCAGCGGUGGUAUGGCGAAGCUCCGGAUUUGCGUAAGGCUGCGUCUGUGCUUGAGGAUCUCGUUGGUCAAGUUGUCGGGCCCGGAGUCUGA